AGCCAUACCUUUACAUUUCCCAAACGUUGUUGUUUAUGUGAAGUGAGUCAGCAGCAGUCACAGCUGCUGCCUCAGGGUUUAAUAAUGAGAAGCAUACCAUGUAGGCCUAAGAUGGUGGGCGAAGCAGCCCUGAAGUGCUGUAGUUAGCUGGAGCCAGAUGUGAGGAAGAUGAGGGCUGGACUGAUCAGUACAACACAUCUGUGUCUUUGUCUCUGCUUUUAUGCUCUAUUUUUUAGCAUUUGUGUAAUGGUGCACCAGCAAACACCCCACUCUGCACGGUUCACAACCCGGUGUACAUUUUUGCUGACUUCGGAGCAGUUUGACAUCUUAAACGUAGUGAAGGGGGGUGAGGGUCACCUGCUACACGAGCCCCCAUAACUCCUAUGUUCGCCCCUGCAGUUGUAUUUCAAUACAUUUUAAAAUGAAAGCAUCGGUUUGUGUGACAACGCCACGGGUUUAAUCUGAAGACGUGGGCCAUUUCAGCUGAGACCGAACCUGACACCGACCAGUCCAGCGGAGUUUCGACGGGGCCGGUGAUUUGGUGCAAUGCGAACACUUGCAUCGUUCACUGUGCACGCUGUCAGAUAGAUAGGUGGGAGCAGCAACCUCCCACUCCUCCGAUUGCUAUAACAACCAGGGCGGUCGAUGUGAGUCGAUGGCAAAGCAGCUCGGAUGCGCCGGCCAAGUGUCUCCGCAAGUAGCCCGACCCCAGCUCCCCGCGUCGCCGCCUGACACUGACUGAAACCUGCCAGGGAAGGAGGAUGGGGAGAGCCUGUGUUUCCCCGUCACAGUGAGCUGAACAGCGGUGAAGCUCAGACUCGGGAUUUGCUACGUUAAACAGAUUAGUCAAAUAACCUCUCGGGGUUGGACACAGCUCCCCUCCUCGGGCUAGCCUGGGUGCAUGCAUGGGCUGAGGAAGCACGAUAGUCUGCGCUGACAAACGGCCAGGAAGCCCCUUGGCGAGACACAGAACUGCACUAGUUUUCCUUUCUGUUUUUUGGUGAGGCGGCUGUGCUGAUCCUCCGGCUGCGCCUUCUCGUUUCUUCACCCCCGCCCCGGUGCGAAAUGGCGAAAGAAAACGGCGAGUCCAGCGACGGGUCUUGGAAAAAGCAGGUCGAUGAUAUCAAGAAGAUAUUUGACUUCAAGGAAGUCCUUGGGACAGGUGCAUUUUCCGAAGUGGUGAUGGCUCAGGAGAAGGCCACAGGAAAGAUGGUCGCAAUCAAGUGCAUCCCAAAAAAAGCCCUGAAGGGGAAGGAGACGAGCAUUGAAAAUGAAAUCGCCGUGCUUAGGAAGAUAAAGCACGAGAAUAUUGUGGCUCUGGAGGACAUCUAUGAGAGCUCAAACCACCUGUACCUCAUAAUGCAGCUGGUGUCUGGAGGUGAGCUUUUUGACCGAAUUGUAGAAAAGGGCUUCUACACAGAGAUGGAUGCCAGUCGGCUUAUUCGGCAGGUUUUGGAUGCAGUGAACUAUCUUCACUCCAUGGGCAUAGUGCACCGAGACCUAAAGCCUGAGAACUUGCUGUACUUCAGUCCUCAUGAUGAGUCAAAGAUCAUGAUCAGUGACUUUGGCCUGUCAAAGAUGGAGGGAACAGGUGACGUGAUGGCCACUGCCUGUGGGACUCCAGGAUAUGUGGCUCCAGAGGUUUUAGCUCAGAAACCUUACAGUAAAGCUGUGGACUGCUGGUCUAUUGGGGUCAUCGCUUAUAUCCUGCUUUGCGGUUACCCUCCUUUCUAUGACGAGAAUGAUUCGAAGCUCUUUGAGCAGAUUCUCAAGGCAGACUAUGAGUUUGACGCGCCAUAUUGGGAUGACAUAUCAGACUCUGCCAAAGACUUCAUCAGCUGCCUAAUGGAGAAAGACCCAGAGAAGAGAUUCACGUGUGACCAGGCUCUUCAGCACCCCUGGAUUGCCGGAGACACAGCUCUCUGCAAGAACAUACAUGAAUCAGUCAGCCGACAGAUGCGGAAAAACUUUGCCAAAAGCAAAUGGAGGCAAGCCUUUAAUGCGACCGCUGUGAUUCGCCACAUGAGGCGCCUGCAGCUGGGCAGCAGCUUUGGCAGCAACAUCCACAGCGCCAACUCUGUGUCCAACCCUCAGAGCCGGGCUCCAGCCAAGAGCCAGUCAGUGGACUGCGCCCCGCUCUCUCUGCAGGACUGUCCUCCAAUAGCUCCUUUGCCCUCAGCUGUUAAAGCGUACAAUCAGGACUCCGAUGGCGCCUCUCCUGAACAAGAGGAGACAUCGGUGGUGGCUGAGCCACCACGGCCACGUCCCUCAACCGUUACUGUCAUACACACGGGUACUAAAUGACGCCAGGUUCCGCGGGAGGUGAGCUGGGAGACCACGGAGCUUUAAGGCGGGAUGGAACCAUCCCAGGCCUCGUGAGUCGAUGUCAUUGCCCAGUUUGCCCAUCCCGCCACCUCCCAUCUGUCGCUGUCAACCACGGGAGGAAUUUGAGAAGUGUUGGCUCAGCUCCAUUAACUACGGCUUAGCACGACACUGUUCUUACUGUCACACAGACCUAGAGGUACAGAGGGGGAGAGGCUCAUCAGAGGUUGUUAUUGUGGAAGCUGUGUUCAGCCUGGAUCCUGUUUAUCUGCCAGAUAAACAAGCAGCUGCUCUAGAAAGUGCCACACUAAAGGGUAAUGCUGUCAUUUUUGACUGCGAGCAUCCUGAGACUGGAUGCUCUCCUGUAUGCCUUGUGUAUAUAUUCUGCUUGGAACUAUUGAGUGGAGUCUGUUAUGCAAGUGAAAUAUAAGCUGUGGUAAAUAAUUGUGACAUCAUCUGCACUCUGAACGUCUCGUCGUUUUGACAGUUUGUUAAUUUGCUGUGGUAUUUGUUACAGUGGCUCACGGGGUCAUAGUAACUCCCAACAGUAUGUGAGUACGUGUAACCUCUUUACUUUAAGUGUGAGGGCAUGAAGCAUGAACAGGAUAAUGCACUGCAGUCACAGAGAGAGGACCAGUGCAUUGCACUAGUGUAUUGGAUUAUUUAUUUUCUUACAAUAUACUAUGACCUUUGUAAGAAUACUACAUGCAGAAAUGUGUAAAUGUGUUAUCAGACUGGACUGAAAAAUUAUUGCAUUGAAUGAUAAGACGGUAUCUAAUGAUUGUUAUUUUGUAAUUUCUGUGUUAUGUGAUUAUUCACUUUUGAUGUGACUGUGAGGUCCUCCUUGGCCACAGGAGGGCAACCACAUGUUGUUGUGACCAUUUCUCAGGGAUGACUAACCAAACCCCUCUCUGAGUGGUCGGACACUGCUGUCGGGGAUGGGAAUGGUAAAGUAAAACCUCCAAAUACUGCAUAUUAUUCUAAUGUGCCAUUGGGAGAGUUUGAGAGAAGCUUGUUUUCUUUAAAUCAUUACUGAGAGUAUGAGCAUCAUGUGACUUGUACUGAAUGGAUGGUUUUCCCUUUAAAAACCAGGAGUUAUAGAUUUGGAUUUAAAGAAAGUGUUUAUCGGUGAAGUGUAACAUUCAUGUUUGCAGUAACGAUGUACAAUGACAAAGGAAUGCAAAUGUAUCUUGACAACAAUUGCUCCCAUUGCAGAAUUGUCAAAUCAGUAGUGUACAGUUCAGUAGUUGAAAUAUUGUGCUCUGCUUCCACUCACAAAGUGGCUGGUCUGAAAACGGCUCACUCACUGUGUUUAAUCACUGUGCUUUCAUACCAGCCUGUUGAAUUUAGCAGAAACACUCCUGCAGAGACUUUAACACAGAGAAGAGAAGGGAUCUCUCUUUGUGUUUUCUCUGUAGUACCUCUAUUUAAGUUUAAAUGACUAUUAAAUUGGAAAAAAACACAUUCUACCAGAACAUGCCCAGUAUCAAGGGCUUUAUCUAUAACUGUCGUGAUUGAUAUAUGGACUUUGAGCCUCUGUUUACUGUAAAUACAAAUCUCAACAACACAGUUUGCUUGGGUCUUGAGUGUUUUAUUUUUGUCUUCCCUAUAUAUAAAUAUAUAUAUACCCCCCAAAACCCCAAAAU